AUGAAAUGCGAUAUACACGAGAAGGAAGAACAAACAAUUGCUAGAUUUCUUGGAGGGCUAAAUCCUGAAAUUUCUCAGCUUGUCCAACUACAACGGUAUUGGACUCUGGACGAUGUCGUCAAAUUAGCCAUUCGAGUUGAAAAGCAACUCCCUAAAAGAUCAAUUUUCCAACCAUCAUCCUCACAAAGCUCUUUUACCCCUCGCAAAGCUCAACCAUCGCAACCUGCAGCUCUAAACAAAACCCUUUCCAACCCUGUUAAAGACACUAGUCCCAAACAACCAACCCAAUCCAAACCGUCCAAAUGCUUCAAAUGCCAAGGUUAUGGGCACAUUGCUUCCGACUGUCCAAAUCGAAGAGUUGUCACUAUCAUUGAAGGAGAGGCCUAUGAAGCAUCUAAAGAAGAAUCUGAAUUCUACCAAAAUGAUUUCAACAGUCCUCCAGUGUUUGAUGAAGAGUUGACCCCAGCAGAUCAUAGAGAAGCCUUAGUGGUUAGACGUAGUCUUCACACAGCAGCCGUUAGAGAAGAACCAUGGAUGAGACAUAAUAUAUUCCACACUCGAUGCACCACUCAAGGUAAAAUUUGUGAUGUCAUCAUCGAUAGUGGAAGUUGUGAAAACAUUGUGUCUAGCUACAUGGUGGAGAAAUUGAAGCUUCCUACUGAGGAUCAUCCACAUCCCUACAAGCUACAAUGGCUGAAUAAGGGUAGUGAAGUCAAGGUUAGUCAACGUUGCCUAGUUGCUUUCUCAAUCGGACAAAAAUAUCAAGAUGAAGUUUGGUGUGACGUCCUUCCCAUGGAUGCCUAUCACCUCUUAUUAGGACGACUAUGGCAAUACGAUCGAAAGAUUGUGUAUGAUGGGUUUAAGAAUACCUACUCAUUCGUCAAAGAUGGAGUAAGAAUUAGGUUGACUCCAUUGGGUCCUGAAGAAGUCAACCCAACCUCACGUAAAGCCAAACCACUCGUAUCCCUAAUCUUUAAACCUCAACUUAAGAUGACGCGAGAAGAAUCCCAAUCAAUAAGCUUAUUACUCAUGGUCGAACAAAAUAUUGGAGCACCUAUUCCACAAGAAAUAGAAAAGCUCCUUGCAGAAUACCCAGAUGUGGUACUUGAAGAAAUUCUUCCUGGUUUACCACCUAUAAGGGACAUCCAGCAUGCCAUCGACUUCAUUCCAGGAGUUGUUAUCCCAAACAAACCUACUUAUAGGAUGAGUCCACAUGAACAUGCUGAAGUACAGCGUCAAGUGGAGGAUCUUCUCAAAAAAGGAUUGAUACAGGAGAGUGUCAGUCCAUGUACAGUCCCUGUUAUAUUGGUCACCAAGAAAGAUGGAAGUUGGAGAAUGUGCAUGGAUAGUCAAGCCGUGAAUAAGAUUACCAUAAAGUAUCAAUUCUCGAUUCCACGACUCGAUGAUAUGCUAGACCAGCUACAUGGUGCAGUCUUAUUCUCGAAGAUUGACCUUCGUAGUGGCUAUAAUCAGAUUAGAGUAUGUCCUGGUGAUGAGUGGAAGACCGCUUUCAAGAUAAGAGAUGGGCUAUAUGAGUGGACUGUCAUGCUCAAAAGUAAGGGAGAACAUCUAAACCAUAUUCGCCAAGUGUUGGACGUUCUUCAUGAGCAAAAGUUGUAUGCCAACCUCAAAAAGUGCACCUUCUUGACCAAUGAAGUAAAUUUUUUGGGCUACAUCAUUACGAGCGAAGGUGUCAAGGUUGAUCCUAGCAAGGUUGAAGCAAUCAUCAGCUGGCCUACCCCUAUACUUGAAAGGGAUGUUAUUGGUCACAUUCAAAGGUGUAGAAUAUGUCACCUUGCCAAGUCCAAAAGCCAAAACACUGGGCUAUACCUACCUCUUCCAGUACCAGUUACACCAUGGGAAGAUAUCAGCAUAAAUUUUGUGCUAGGAUUACCUUGUACACAACGACAGAAGGACUCAGUAAUGGUGGUCGUGGACCGAUUCUCUAAAAUGGCCCAUUUUAUACCUUGCCAAAAGACCAAUGAUGUUAUUCACAUUGUUGAUUUAUUUUUCAAGGAGAUUGUUUGA